AUGGAGUGGCCGUCGCUGCAGAUGCUGCGGGACGCGGUCCAGAUCGCGUGCUUCCCGCGCCGGCCCAAGGACCGCGACGUCUCGAUCCAUUGGGUCGCGCGCAAUCUCCUCGCGCUCUUGCAAGAAUACCCCGAUGGCCUCACGCGGCCCGUCGCGCUCACCGAGCUCAUGGUGCGCUACCUGCAGUCGCAUUCGGAGCGCGUCAUAGCUGGCGACCGGUCCAGCGAGACCGACGUGCAAGUCGCCGAGCUUCGCCAAUUGAUCGCCGCACGCCACACGCUCGUCCUCGACAUGCUAACGCUCCACGCAGCGUCGCAGGAAGAUGAGACGCGCGCCCGCGCCGAGACGCACAUGUUCAUCCACCAGCGCUUUGAGCGCUUCUUCUCCAACGACCCGGCGACUCCGCACCCGUUCAAUCUCAAGCGCAAGCUGUGGUUGACCAACCUACGCCGACUCCAGAGCACGAACGACACCAAGCUGCGCCGGUACCUGCCCACCGACUUUAUGGUCUUUGAGCUCUCGCUGCGGGACGCUUGGGACAAGACCUUCUCGGACGACGCCCGUUGUAUCACGACGCUGCUCCAGUGGCAACAGAUGCCUCCCGACAUGAUGCACCAGCAGCGAUUCCGCCUCAAGGUCGUCGAUGUCUUGGCUGCACGGCCAUGCGUGGCGUCCGGCGCGCUGCGACGGCAGACGAUCCUCGUGUCGCCCAUAGCGUCCCCUACCCCCUCCUUCCUGUUCGUGCUCUGGGACCAGCAGACGCUGCUGAGCCAGCUCCUGCAGCCGGGCGACCAUCUCUUGAUCGACUGCCCGUUCUUGCUAUCGGUCGACGCCCAGCAUUCGCCCGAGCACCGCGCGAUAUUAGACGAAGUCCCACCGCACAGCCGCGUGUAUCCGCACAUUGCACUCGAGUACGGCUCGUCGACGGUCCUCUUCCGGACACCGGCCGUCGUCCAGCGUGACAUCAUCUUGACGCAGUCCAACGAGACCCUCGACAUCCCGAAGGAAGAAACCACCAAGUUUGCGAAUCUGUCGCAGUACCCGUACCCGCUCCAGCUCAACCAACUCGCAUCGCGCUGCGUCAACGCCUCGUUUCUUGGGCUCGUGGUCGACGUCAAAGUCUCUGCAGCCAGUCCGCUCCUCGCAUCCUUCUGUGCCACGUAUUACAGCGCGCUCGAGCCACUGCUGUGCGUCGAACUCACCAUUUGCGACUGGCACCGGCGGGAAAAGCCGCUCCAGAUCGAGUGCGUUGGGUCGGUCGCCGCCGCCGCCGUGCGCACCUCCGUCGGUCACGUCGUAUACGUCGACGGCGUCGUGCUCGUUGAAGACCCGGCGACCAUGCGGCGCGUCGUCGGUCUCUGUGCUGCGUGGCCCGACAUUCUCAGCAUGAAGACGUCGCUCACGAACGGCAGUGUCGUCAACUGGAGCCAUCUACCCGGGUUUCUCCAGUCACCGUCCUUUUACACGCCGACGCUACUCUCGGCCAAAGCGCAACCGGCGUCGAUUGUCCGCGCCACGAUACUCGACGUCGGGUUCCUCACGCCCAAUGGCGAGGUUGACGCGACGUGCGAGCGGGGCGGGGCCGUCCGCAUGGUGCACCGCUUCUGUCACCGCCCGGUAGCACUCAACCGCACCGGUGCUGAGUGCAGCUUUUGCGCCGAGGCCUACGUGCACGGCCAAGACGUGUUUGAGUUGGCGUUUGGCGAUCUCGUGCUGCAGCUCGACGACGGCACAGCGAGCACAUGGGUUCUCGUGCAUGCGAGCUGCACCGAGCGACUCCUCCGCAUCGACCCACACCUCUUUGAGCAGUCGACGUACGCCGAGCAAGCGGCAGCGCUCCACGAUCUGCGUGGCCAGCUCGUCCUCGGUCUUCUCUCGCUCACGCGGCCACGAGCGCUCCAGUCAAUGUCGAUUUGCCGGCGCCUCGAUAUGGCGCGACGGCUCACAACGGGCAGCCUCGGCUCAACCUUGUACCACCAGCUAAACGCUCUGCGCUAA